CAAGCGGGGUUUGCAACGUAUAUCUUGCUAAUGGUAAAAAAGAUUUAAAAAAUGAUAAAAUGCCUAUUUGCUGGCUUGUCAGUGAAGAGGGUACCCAUAAACCAAUCCCGUUACCUCAUUUACGUGCGGUUGUUGUUGGGCGAGGCCCAGAAACGACAAUUAAAGACAAGAAAUGCUCUCGGCAGCAAGUUGAACUGAAAGCUGAAUGCAACAAAGGUUAUGUCAAAGUUAAACAACUGGGCUUAAACCCCACCUCAGUAGACUGUGUGGUGGUGGGGAAAGGCAAUGAGGUCAGAAUAAAACCUGGACAGAAGCUCCACAUUGUCAAUCAGCUUUACCCCUACACCAUACAGUUCAAAGAAGAUCUCUCUGGGCACCACAGCAGCAUCAAAAGUCCAAGAGAGAAAACAUCGAAGAACAGUGAUGGCCAGAAAAAUGUUCAGACUCUAAAAGCUCCUAAACAGAACACAAAUGGCUCUCCAUCAGUAUGUCGUGCAGAAAACACAAAAACAAAUGAAAAUGUCGGACAUUGGAGCCAAGGUCUGAAAACUUCAAUGCAAGAUCCUCAGAUGCAGGUUUACAAGGAUGAUAAGGUUGUUGUGAUUACAGACAAGUACCCCAAAGCUCGCUACCACUGGCUAGUCCUUCCAUGGCAGUCGAUUCCCAGCCUGAAGGCUUUACGUGGAGAGCACUGUGAUCUUCUCAAACACAUGCAGCAGGUUGCUGACCGCAUGAUCCAGCAAUGUCCAGAUUCCAGCACACUGCGGUUCCGGUCAGGUUACCACGCUAUCCCAAGUAUGAGUCACAUCCAUCUCCAUGUGAUCAGCCAGGACUUUGACUCUCCUUGCUUGAAGAACAAGAAGCACUGGAACUCUUUCACAACAGAGUAUUUCAUUGAUUCUGAUGAUGUUAUUCAGAUGCUUGAGACAUGUGGAAAAGUCACUGUUAAAGAAGGUUCCAGUGAAUUGUUGAAACUACCUCUCCGCUGCCAUGUGUGCCACAAAGAGUUUCCUACAAUACCUUCUCUGAAGGACCACUUGAAAUCUCACUUUCCCAGAUAAUUGAGUGGUCUUAACAUAGAAGUAAACACACGUUUAGUGUAUUUUUCUAAAAUGUUGUCUUGCAUUAAGUGUUGUAAUUAUGCAAGUUGAAAAUUUGUCACUUCUUUUGUACAUUUUUGAAAAUGUAAAAAAAAAAAAUGCUUGUCUAGAGUGCAUUUGUCAGUCUUAUGUCAAAUGUUGAUCCGCUCUGACUUUAUUUUUGUUUGUACACUUCAUUUUCAAAUAGGUUUAGUUCUUCAUUCUGAUGCAAUAAACAUUUUCUAGAGACUUUA